UGAAAUGUAAUUUAGCAUUAAAACGGUGGCAGUGGGAUGUUACACUUCGAAUAAAAUAUUCAUAAUUUAUUACGUGGAACGUUCCGGUCUUCGAGUUCAAAGUCGAAUCAAAAUCUCAAUUUGUGAAGUGGAAUCGAAAAUCAUUUGUCAGUUUAAUAUUUCAUACCAAGAGGGAACAGAAUGACGGGUAGAAAAGAAAGAAAGGGUAGGCGAGGUGCAAAAGGGGCUUCGGCAGAAGCCGAGCCCCCUGUCAUAUCGUUAACCCCUGAGCCACAGAAAAUAGAUUUUCUAAAAAUUCCAAAGCGAGGAGACUCGCCGAGAGAUUUUAGAAGUUUGCAUCGAGAAAAAUCCCCAUUCGAGAUAGGUGAAAAACCAGACGUGCAAGUUGCGUCUCAAAAGGCCAUAAUAGAUAAAGCGCUUAUAAUGGAUAUCUCCGGAGGAGUAACGAAUGUAGAUGAAUAUAUUUCAUUAUUUUUCACGGACUCAUGUAGUUUGGAUCCUGCUAGCUGUGGCGACAUAUCGACCGUAAAAAUUGAAAUAGUCGAAGAUGAAACUGCUCCCCCAGCCCCACCGAUUCCUGCUGUCGAACAUGAAACCUCACCCGGCGCAGCUGAAGCAGAACGGUUGAAACAACUAGCCCAAGAAGAAUCAGGUAAGUCUGCGGAACCAGAAAAGCCCUCAGUGGAAGAGGAACCUCAAGCACAGCCAGUAGAAGAAGAAAAACACGAGGAAGAGGAGGAAGAGGAGGAAGAGGAGGAGGAGGAGGAAGAAGAAGAAGAGAUCGUGCCCCCUCGUGAACCGACGCCACCUCCACCACCACCAAAGGAGCCAACACCCGAGCCAGAGCCAAUAAUAGUCGAGCCCGAACCUGAAUAUGAUUCAGACGUUGAGUUGAUACCACCGAAAGAAGAGUUUGAUCCAUCAGUGUGGAAAAGUGUAGAUGAUUUGGAACAACAAUUACAUGAUAGUGAAGAAGGAUCAAAAAAAGUAAAAUCGAAGGAGACUUCAAGAAGAGAAUCCUUGCAAGCAAUGACAGAAAGAGAACGUGAUUUAGAAUGGCAACGUCAACGUCAGAUGAUGAGGCCCCCAUUGAUAAUUACUCAUCUAAAAUCAAGAGCUGUUCCGAAAAAUUCCACCGUGAGGUUGACAUGUACCAUUUCGGGACCUGGGAUCACUGUAAGGUGGUUUAAGGAUGGGAAUCCGGUUGAAAGAAGUCCGAGACAUACUUUCAAAGUUAGUGAAAGUCUACUCAGUUUGGAAAUUAAAGACGUAGAACUUUCCGAUGCUGGCGAAUAUAGUUGUGCCAUAAAAAAUAAAAACGGCGAAACCUCGACAUCAACGUCUGUGACUGUGUAUGAAUCUGUCGAUACAAAGCCCAUCCCACCGACUUUCAUUUCAAUCAAAGAUGAAACUGAGACGCCGGCGGAUCCCGUAAUCAAUCAUACUGCGCAUCAAGCAAGUGUUGAGUCAGUUGAUUUAUUUGAAAAGAAAAUUGAGGAGGUUGUUCAUGCAGAACCGUCGAUUGAAACGAAACAGGAGGUCGUUGUGGAAAAAGCUGAUGCAUUGCCACCUACGACGACAGAAACCAUUCAGGAGGUCGUUGUUGAAAAAGCUGAUGCAUUGCCACCUACGACGACAGACAUUAUUCCAUCUGAUGAUCCUCAAAGCCAAAAAAGUGAACAACAAAUUGAUGUAUCUGGUGAGGAUACGGUGGAAAAACCAGCUGAAGAAACAACAUUAACGACAGACAAAGAGAAAAAGAAACAUGAACCAGAGAAAUCACCCCCACCGCCACAGUACGGUGAUGACUUGGUCAAAUAUCAUCACAAGAAAAUUUUACACAAUCGAGACAAGCUCCAAUGGUCUGUACAUCUCACAAAUCGAGCUGGUUUAGCCGGACGACGGUUUAAAUUGAUGUGCGCCGCGACUGGAUUUGAGCCAAAUUUAACGUGGUAUAAGAAUGACACCAUAAUUGAAUAUAAUGACCAUAUUAUUGACAUGAAUGAUUUGCACAGAGGUGCAUAUGGAUGCAUUUGGAUUAAUGAUUUGAACUCUGAAGAUGCUGGGUUGUAUAAAUGUGUAGCUUCAAACGGAUUUGAGCAAAUUGAAACUUGUUGUAUUCUGACGGUUGUUGAUCCCGGAAACUUAUCAAAUGAACGUGCCCCGUCGUUUGUACCACAUCGUACUAGAGAGAUAUUCGAUAAAACAAGUAAUAUACUAACUCUUGAACAUCUGAUAAGAGCGAAUCCUCCGCCUACAGUUACAUGGAUUAAAGGAUUGAUGCAAUUGGGAUUGUGGCCGGACCCUCACAUUCGUAUUUCACAACAUUUUGAUGAGAUUUCGGAGCAUACAGUUUGUGCACUUGUGUUCUAUGAUCCUAAUUAUAUGGAUUCAGGUGAAUAUGUUUGCACAGCAACGAACCCCCACGGAGAAGCUUCUGUACCGUAUGUACUAAAUUAUUCAAGCGAAGAAGAAUAUUUUGAAUGGUUAACUAAAAAGAGACCUUCUGCAAAGCUAGCUCGUGAACUAGAACUAGGAAUAAUAGUAGCGGAAGAUGCACCAACAUUUGACGUUGAUGAAAUUCUAGCACGCGUCCAUGAGCAAAUACAAGAUGCUGAUACUGAUGCUUCAGAUACCUCACAAGACCAAGAAUCUGAAAAAGCAAAAGAAUCAUCUAAUGGAGAAGAACACGAAAAAACAAUAGAGACUGCAAAACGUUCUAAACAUCCAAAAGUUUCCACUCUACCUAACGUUAUUGAAGUACCUGAGCUAGAAGAACCGACAGAUUCCUCAAAAAAUGAAGAGAAGAUUGAAGGAGAAAAAAUUACGCCUAGCCAGCCUACGGACAUAGUAACGCCUAACGAGGAAAAGCCAUUAGAUAAUUCGGCACGGGAAUCAGAUGUCCCUACCACAAGAAAGAAAAAACAGAUCGACUAUGACAUCGAGGAAUUAGAAAGAAGAAAGAAAUUUGACUUUGUAUCUCACAUGCCGAACCUAAGAGUGGAGCUCGGUAAAACUUUUAGACUUUUUGCUUAUGUUAGAUGUCCUGAAGAUAUUACGUCGGAGUGGAAGCGAAAUGGACGAGUGUUGAAUCAAAGCCUAAGAUUGACGAAUAUAACUACCCCUAAUGCGACAUGUAUUUUAGAGAUAGAGAAAUGUAAAUACAGAGAGGCAGGUGUAUAUAGUUGUGUCGCUAAAAGUAAAACGUAUGGAGAAAUAGAGCAAUCCUGUACAGUAACUAUAUACGAAACCCAAAUCAAAGGCGAGAAACCAGUUUUUACAAGAAAUAUGACAGAAACGUACAAUCCUAUCAAAGAAGAAUUAUAUCUGGAUUGUACAGUUCGGGGUGAUCCUGAACCAGAAACUAUAUGGAUCAUUCAUGGUACUUUUUUACAUAAAAAUAGUGGAUCCAAAUACUUUUUCAGAAAAUGGAAUGAUGGACGACAACAACUAACAAUAUUUCAACCUCGGAAGGAAGACAGCGGAAGAUAUGUUUGUCGUGCUAGGAAUGCAAUCGAUAAAACUGACAUGGUUCACUAUCUAAAUUGGAAAAACAGCGAUGAAGAAGUUAUCAAGGAGUUCGAGGAUGAACUGCACAAAAAAGCUGAAAAACCAAUAAGCAGUCGACAUUUGCGUCCCAAACAAUGUCAAUAUACACCGGAAGAUGAGUAUCUUCUUAAAUGGUCGGAAAGCAGGAACCAACAUGAACCGGAAUACAAUUACAGUUAUAAAUUGAAAUUUCUGACACGUCUUCAAGAUAAGAUAGUUCCGGAAGGAACCAACAUUAGAUUUACAUGUUACGUUGAUGGUAAAUAUCCCCUGUUUACAUGGUAUAAAGACGAUAUGCCUAUUAUACAGGGUCGUAAAUAUCGACAAAAGCAACGAAAGGAUGGUAAAGUUACUCUAGAAGUAGUGAAUGUUACUUCUGAAGACGCAGGAAUAUACAAGAUUGAAGCCAAAAAUUAUGCCGGGGCCAUUGUCUCAACUGCUGUAGUAACGGUUUACCAAAAUCCGUAUAUCAAGUUUGUGCCCCCAAUGUUCGCUAGUACAAUUCUAGAGACGUAUUCAUUACAUUCGGAUGAAAUCAUUCUCGAAUGUCGCGUUCGAGGUUCUCCACGUCCUAAUAUUGCCUGGAUCAAGGAUGGAGAGUAUUUGAUUCCUGGUGAUAAAUAUGAACAAUAUGAUCAUGCGGACGGAACAUGUAAGCUCAUCAUUACGAAGCCUGGCGAAGCAGACUCUGGCACAUACACGUGUGAGGCUGAAAGUGGCGGAUGUAGUGAUGCCAUCAGCCACAACGUACAAUUUGUUGGAAAGGAAAAAAUUAUGCUUGAGCGAACACACAGUUAUUAUCAUCGUAAUCCAAACCUACCUACCUUCUAUCAAUCUUUAGCAGAUUAUUCUAUUCCCUCGGGCGGUAAUAUAUGCUUGGUAGUGGAAGUACAGGGCAACUGUGAAGUACAGUGGUUCAAAGACAGGUAUGAAGUCAAAGGAAGGCCGCCCAAGUUCAGAUUUUACGGUGAUGGCACGGGUGUGCACGCGCUAUGCAUAGCAGCUGCUACAAUGGAUGCUUCCGGUCGAUAUACAUGUAGAGCAACUAAUGCUUUUGGCAAGACUGAAUCAUCUUCAAAUGUAGAUGUGAUCAAUCCAAACGCGAUAAAGGGAGCUAAACCACCAAUAUUUAUGGCUAGGCCUCAACCAGAAAUAAAAAUACGACAAGGACAAGAAAUCUCAAUGGCAUUCAAGAUCAUUGGAGAUCCCAAGCCGAAAAUACAAUGGAUGAAGGGAACGAAGGAUAUCACGAACGCAGCACGAACCGUAAAAGAGGUGCACGGCGAUUUUAUUCGGUUUUCAAUCAAGGAAGCAUUACCAACAGAUGAAGGAGCGUAUUUCAUUGUUGCCAGGAAUCGAUAUGGAAUUGAUCGUUGUUUCACGAAAAUUGCGGUUAAACAUCCAAAAGGCUACAAAAAAGAUACAGAUAUCGAAGAAACUGUUUCGGUGGUUAAAAAACCAGGCAAGGGAAGAGUAUAGUCUUCUCUGUUUAGAAGUUCUUUUCAUAUGUCGUUCGACUGAAGCUUUGAUUGGUAACGGAAUAUACUACGAGGAUAGCAACUGUCAUGUUGAAAUUGACGUGUAUAUGAAAAAUAAGUCUUGUAUAUGUAUUCUUUUUCUCAAGUGUGAAUAGUUUAAAAUGCAAAUCAGUUGUAUUGUGUGCGGCUAAAUUUGUUUAGAAAUAAAACAAUAAAUAGAAAAA